UUGUCGCUGGGCAGACAAGGAUCCCCCAGACUGCACUAUCAAAGUAAAAUAAAACCAAAACGUAAUAGGUGGAUAUGUAUGAAACCUUCUUGCUUAUUUUUCAUUGACAAAUGCGCUGCCGUUUGCCACAGCCAAAGAGCUGGAUGUUUGGAUGAAGUCAAACAGCUACCACGUUACGGAUUUAUUUUCUCCCACACGCAGACCCGGAAGCAGAACUACAGACGUGGGCUUUGUUUUGUUUUGUUAGUAUCUGGACUGGAGUUGGAGGGGAAGCGACAACGUGUGCAUGGUCGGGGAGUUAUACCUUGGGAAUGGAAGAUGAACACAUUUCUCUCAAUGUUUACAAGUGUACAAUGCCUAGUUUUGUCAGCAGUUAUGACGAAGAGACAGUCUGCAAUCCAUCAGAAGUGUUUGAUAAAGUUGAGACAUCAGGCACAGAUUUUAUUCAAGAUGCCUGGGAAACAAAGAUCCGAGUACAAGACGGGGCAUCGGAGACGCACAAACACAGACCUGAGAGAACGAGUUGUAAAGAAAAUGUUGAAGGAUACAGUUUCAGAAAACCGACUGCAGUGGAUAUUUUGAGGAAUUUCGGGACGACGAGAUCCCCCCCGAAUUCCAAUAACAAUUCAGCAGAUGACCAAAAAGAGCCAGAGGAUGCCGUGGUAGAAAUUGUUUUAAAUGAACGAACUGAUUGUGUGGACCUUGAAAAGUCAAGUGGUAGUGAAACGAAGGGUGGAGAAGAGCAAAUCGCAGAUCACACAGAGGGAUUAACGUCAUCCGAUUUGGAUGAAGUCGAUGUAACAGAUUCUGACGAAAUUUGUGAAAGUAGCAGGGCUGACGACGAUGUCGUACAGUUGAAGGAACAUGUUUACUGUACGGUAUACUGUAUUGCAAACGAUAACUACAGGAAACCGGCUGACAAUGCCGGAGAACACCAAUAUAAUGGGGCGAUAACUCCGUCAACAUCAAACGUCGCCACAGAGCCAUCCACAGAUUUGCAGCAGCAGAGCGAUUUGGAACUAGGCCACCCCUCUGUCCCGGAGCCAUACACCCUAUCGAACCUGAUUGAUCCUAGAACUCUGAACAACUUUUACAACGGGGAUUACAAUGUAUCAAUUGUCUUGACCUGUCGCAUCUGUCUGGACGACAAGCACAUAAAGCCGCUACAUUGUUGCAAGAAGGCUGUCUGCGAGGAAUGCCUGAAGAGAUACAUCAGUUCACAGGUUAGGGUGGGCAGAGCGGACAUCGUGUGCCCCAUCACGGAGUGCAGUGGUUACCUGGAGGAGAGCCUGGUGGUGUCCCACCUGGGCAGCGAAGAAGUGGCUAAAUACAAGUACUUCCUGGAGUUGAGCCGGGUCGACUCCAGCACCAAACCCUGUCCCCAGUGCAGCCAGUUCACCUCGCUGAAAGGACGCACCCCCAGCAAGGCAGACCACAAAUACAAGAUCCAGUGCACCAAGUGUCAGUUUGUGUGGUGUUUCAAGUGCCAAGCCCCAUGGCACGACGGUUUGAAGUGCCGGGACUACAGGAAGGGGGACAAGCUGCUGCGUCACUGGGCCAGCGUCAUCGAGCACGGCCAGAGGAACGCCCAGAAGUGCCCCCGCUGCAAAAUCCACAUCCAGAGGACGGAGGGCUGCGAUCACAUGAACUGCACCCAGUGCAGCACCAACUUCUGCUAUCGCUGUGGGGAGAAGUACCGCCACCUGCGAUUCUUCGGGGAUCACACGUCCAACCUCAGCGUGUUCGGCUGCAAGUACCGCUACCUUCCUGAGAAGCCCCACCUCCGCCGGCUGGUCCGGGGGUCCGUGUGUGUAAGUAAAGUGGUGGUGGCCCCUGUUGUCAUAGUCCUGGUGAUGGUGGUUGGAGCCUUAUCCCUGGUCGUAGGCCUCGUGGCCUUCCCUAUCUACUACAUCUGUAAGAAGAGACGGAAGCGCACCCAGGGGACAGGCCGCUGGCUCUGAGCUGAGGACCAUGACAGUGUGGUCAGGACCCUGCUCCAGAGGCGUGGCCCAGCGAGGGGACACAGGGUUGGGGGAGGGGUCCUUCCAACACGCCCCACUAGUUUCUAGCCCCAGCCUGAGAAGAACCAUGCUUUAGAGUAGGCUCCUCUCUCUACUUUAUGUCCACCACAAAACUGUCUGUGGCUCCUCCUCCAGCCUGUGGAUCUGAAGGCUCACAGAGCAGUCUACUACUGUUCCCUCCCACUAGUGACCAGGAUUGCUGAGGAGAGGCCAACUGACAGGCAGGUACAGCCUCUGGUAUCAAGAAGCCACUCAAUUUCUUUUAGAAAAGUUUGAGGUUAUUUAUUGAAUGGUUUUUAGUACUGUUGUUUGGUUUUGUUUUUUUGUCUGGGCUCAUAUAGCAUGGAUAGUGAAACAAAAACACAUUGGAUAGAAUGGGAAAGAGUCCCUCAAGGUGUGUGGGUGAGUUUAUCACCAUUCUAUUCGUUACGCGUACAGUAGAAUGCCUUUUGCGGACCUGCAAAUAUCAGGGAUUAUAUUGUGGUGCAUACAUAGAUAGUUACAUCACAUCAAGAAAUUGAUUUCUCAUUGUUAAGGACCAAUCCCUAACUGUUUCCUGUAAGUGAGAUUCCGGCUCCAUUCAGCCGCUUCCACCCCUGCCAACCUCGGAGUGCUGUGCCCGCACACACACACACACACACACUGGUAUUUGCAUCGUCAACAAAAUGCAUUUAAGUAUUUUUCAUUGUAGAAAACAAUGGGGGCAGCACUGUUGAAAUAACUGCUGUUUGAUGCCUAGUAAUCAUUUAUCAAUAAUCUCAUCCAUACUUGCAAAGUAGGGUUUUACCCUAUCUCUGUUUUACUAAGUGUUCUAUUGUCCUAAAUUAUCCAGACAAAUGUGGUCCAAUUUAACGAAUGGGAGAAGUCUUUAGUGUUCACAGACAAUAACCGAAAAGUGCUUCAUGUGCCGCAAUAUAUUUAUAUGUUUUGAAAAUGUACAUUGGAUACAUUUUCUGCCUCCUUCAAUGGUCAAAAUCAGAUGUUUUCUGUGAGAAUAGAUCUAAAAACACAUUUAAAACAUAUCUGUGGAGGACGGACCAAUGGACAGACAGACCGUAAGAACCGUAAAUGAUCCAGAAGUCAUGGUUUUGUUAUUUACCUUGAGGAGCCUAUUUAAGGAACUCACUUUCAAACUCACUAGAUUGCUUGCAACAACCACUUUCCCAUAGUCUUCCAUUAUUUAAAUCUAGUUAAAGUGUCAUACAUGCUAUUUGUAUAUGAAUGUGUCCAUGAAGUUCAUACUAGUCAUGUCAGGGGUUUUUGUUCACAUCAAAUGUGUGGCUUGUAAUCUCGGUGUCUUGACAUCAUUAAUAAUUAACUAUCGUCCAUUCUCCAUUUUAAUAUAAAACACUGAUUACAAUAGGGAAUGGUAAUUAACCUAACACCAAGUCAAUUUGUGCACAACAUCAGCACAGGAAAAACAGUCGUGUUUGUAACACAGAUGACAAUCAAGUAUCUCUUAGACUUUAAAAAAAAAAGUGGCCUUUGAUGUAAGUACCUUUUUGAAAGCCACACAAUAGACCUGGAGCUGUGCCAGGGAAUCUUAAAAGGAUGUAACUUGGCAACAUUGGGCCUGUCCAACAUCUUCCCCCCCUAUCCCCCCAAAUCCCCAACCUUCUCACUGUGGGCACUGUAUAUAUCAGACAUUCAUCUCUGCAUGGAUUAUUAUUGUGUUAUUAAUGACACAGACUAUGAUGAUGAUGAUGAUGAUGAUGAUGAUGGAGAUCGAUGAAUGCUCGGUCACUACUUACCGUGUGGACUUCAGUUACCACAAUGUCAAAGGUCAUGGACAGAAUUUGAACUCUAUUAGGCUUUUGUAAUUAAUCUCAGGGAGCAUUCUGUUACCAUUCUCCACGGCUGUCUUUCCCUGCAUGCUCCUGUAGCUGCCACUGUACUAUGUGAUCAAAACCUGUCACACAUAUUGUUUGUUUUUACAUGGUUUUAAAGAUGUAUCUUACCUGACGCCAGAUAUAAUUUUGACAAUUUUUCUCACCAAGUCAUCACCUGGAUAAUACAGUUGAAGUCGGAAGUUUACAUACACUUAGGCUGGAGUCAUUAAUACUCAUUUUUCAACCACUCCACAAAUUGCUAUACAAACUAUAGUUUUGGCAAGUUGGUUAGGACAUCUACUUCGUGAAUGUCACAAGUCAUUUUUCCAACAAUUGUUUACAGACAGAUUAUUUCACUUAUACUUCACAGUAUCACAAUUCCAGUGGGUCAGAAGUUUACAUACACUAAGUUGACUGUGCCUUUAUAUAGCUUGGAAAAUUCCAGAAAAUUAUGUCACGACUUUAGAAGCUUCUGCUAAUUGACAUAAUUGAAGUCAAUUGGAUGUGUACCUGUGGAUGCAUUUCAAGGCCUACCUUCAAACUCAGUGCCUCUUUGCAUGACAUCAUGGGAAAAUCAAAAGAAAUCAGCCAAGACCCCAGAAAUUCUUUUGUAGACCUCCACAAGUCUGGUUCAUCCUUGGGAGCAAUUUCCAAAUGCCUGAAGGUACCACGUUCAUCUGUACAAACAAUAGUACGCAAGUAUAAACACCAUGGGACCACGCAGCCAUCGUACCGCUCAGGAAGGAGACGCGUUCUGUCUCCUAGAGAUGAACGUACUUUGGUGCGAAAAGUGCAAAUCAACCCCAGAACAACAGCAAAGGACCUUGUGAAGAUGCUGGAGGAAACCGGUACAAAAGUAUCUAUAUCCACAGUAAAAUGAGUCCUAUAUUGACAUAACCUGAAUGGCCGCUCAGCAAGGAAGAAACCACUGCUCCAAAACCACCAUGAAAAAGCCAGAAUAGGGUUACAACUGCACAACUGCACAUGGGGACAAAGAUCAUACUUUUUGGAGAAAUGUCCUCUGUUCUGAUGAAACAAAAAUAGAACUGUUUGGCCAUAAUGACCAUUGUUAUGUUUGGAGGAAAAACGGGUAGGCUUGCAAGCUGAAGAACACCAUCCCAACCGUGAAGCACAGGGGUGGCAGCAUCAUGUUGUGGGGUGCUUUGCUGCAGGAGGGACUGGUGCACUUCACAAAAUAGAUGGCAUCAUGGGGUUGGAAAAUUAUGUGGAUAUAUUGAAGCAACAUCUCAAGACAUCAGUCAUGAAGUUGAAGCUUGGUCGCAAAUGGGUCUUCCAAAUGGACAAUGACCCCAAACAUACUUCCAAAGUUGUGGCAAAAUGGCUUAAGGACAACAAAGUCAAGGUAUUGGAGUGGCCAUCACAAAGCCCUGACCUCAAUCCUCUAUAAAAUUUGUGAGCAUAACUGAAAAAGCAUGUGUGAGCAACGAGGCCCAACGAGGCCUAACCUGACUCAGUUACACCAGCUCUGUCAGGAGGAAUGGGACAAUAUCCGCCCAUAAUAAAUUUAUUGUGGGAAGCUUGUGGAAGGCUACCCGAAGCGUUUGACCCAAGUUAAACAAUUUAACAGCAAUGCUACCAAAUACUAAUUGAAUAUAUGUAAACUUCUGACCUACUGGGAAUGUGAUGAAAGAAAUAAAAGCUGAAUAAAAUUAUUCUCUCUACUAUUAUUCGGACAUUUCACAUUCUUAAAAUAAAGUGGUGAUCCUAACUGACCUAAGACGGGGCAUUUUUACUAGGAUUAAAUGUCAGGAAUUGUGAAAAACUGAGUUUAAAUGUAGUUGGCUAAGGUGUAUGUAAACUUCCAACUUCAACUGUAUAUUAAGAUGCCAUUGUUUGAUGCCACUUUUAGUGUAUACAUGUUACAUUUUAAUCUGACAUCGGAUUGGGUAGGUGGAGGAUCCACCUCUGACGUCUGAACUCGCCAGGGGGCUUAUCGGCUGGCUGAAGCCCCUAUUCGUGCCAUUGUGGCCUGGUUACCAUAAAAAUAUGACUGGUGCCUUUACAAAGAUCAUUGAUAUAGGCUUGACAGUCUCAUCUCUGCUCCAAAAACAUCUGUAGCACAACUGAAAUGGUACAUUUCUCCUGAUCUACCCAUUGUAGAUGUCAAUUAUCUAGUAGUUUAAAGCUACAACAACACCAAUAGUCGUUUUUCAUGUAUUGGUUGGUUUAUGAAAAUCAAAUGCACAGAUUUGUAUUCUACUUUUGUUUGUGGUUCUUCUGUGCUGCUGCACCACUAUCUUCACAGUUCAUGUCAUUCACGUUUAGCUGUUUGUGUCAGAUGUAAUUGUGGAGUCAUUAAAAAGUGAUGGUUAAAACGCCAAAAA